CACGGUACGGAACAAGUAUUUUCCUCCUUCGGGAAGGGUGGGGCGCAGGGCGGCUGGCCCCCGCUAGAGGAGAAACUCCAGUCGGCUAGUUCCUGAGCUGAACCCGUCAGCUACAGCAAUUAAUUAAUGUCUUGUCGUGUGAUAUUUCCACAUUGUCGGCGCACCCACUUCACUUUUACGCUUAUUCGACUCUGGUAGUCUGAAAAAAGAAAUGCAGCCCGACAAAAUGUCAGAGCCUGCGGUGGCCGACACUCGCCGGCUGAAUUCCAAACCCCAGGACUUGACGGACGCUUACGGUCCACCCAGCAAUUUUCUGGAGAUAGACGUUUUUGAUCCACAAGUCGUUGGAAUCGGACGGCAACGAUACACAAUAUAUAAAGUUAGAAUGCGGACGAACCUUCCUAUUUUCAAGCAGAAGGAGUCCUCUGUGACCAGACGAUACAGUGACUUUGAGUGGUUAAAGAAAGAGCUGGAAAGAGACAGCAAGAUUGUAGUACCACCUCUCCCAGGUAAAGCCCUGAAGAGACAGUUGCCGUUCCGUAGCGAUGAGGGGCUUUUUGAGGAGUCUUUCAUUGAGGAGCGGCGGUUAGGCUUGGAGCAAUUCAUCAACAAAAUUGCCGGUCACCCUCUGGCUCAGAAUGAACGCUGUCUCCACAUGUUCCUGCAGGAAGCCGAGAUUGACCGUAACUACAUUCCUGGAAAAGUACGACACUAGCGGGGGGGGGGGGUAAAUGGGUGGGAGGUGGUUGUUUAAGGGUAACAUCUUCCGGGAUGGAUGUCACUCCGAUUGUUGGAGUAUCUGUCUGUGUAUUCCGGUGGCUUCUCUCCUGCUUUUGUUUUAUAUACUGUACAAACCUAGAUGUAGUUUGAUUGUACAGUGAACUUCUUGGGUUUUUUUUAAUGCUAAAUGCUACAUUUUCCCACCUGAGUGUCAUAAAUUCAUGAUUGCAAUAUAAUGUGAAUAAAGUAGAAUAAUGUGUAAAUAAG